AUGGCGGAUGGUCAGAGCGAAAAUCAUGCGUGGACAAAUUUGUCUCCUCGCAUCAUUUUCGUCCGUUUAAGUAAGGAUAAAUCCAAAGAUACCGUUGAAGAUGAAAUAUUCAAGUACAUUAAGAAAGUGUUGGAUGAAUCAACUGACGGUGACAGCGAGUUGGAAAAAGCCAAAAAUUGUGUCACUCUGCCAGACUUUGGCACGAGUAAGAUUGUCCAAGUUGCAGUGGGUCCGGCGUUCAUAGGAUUUCUCUUUCAUGAUGGUCGUGUUUGCAGGGUUAAAUGUGUUUCAAAAAGUGUCGAAGGCACACAGACAUUGAUUAAUUCACAAGGCAGUUCAGAGGAAACAAUAUUUCAAGUGAAAAGCGACGAAGUGUACGCGAAGCAACUUCAAAAUCAGUUAAAUGAAGAGAUCAGGAUCAACAGGACUUCACCAAGCAGGUCGCUAGUGCACGGAGGAGCGACAUCUUCACCUCAAUUUUCAUUUCGAGCUUCCGAUAGAUAUGGCUUAGGAAAUGCUUUUCUUAGUAAUCGGACAAGGCAAAGAGUAGCGAGACCAUGGACGGCAAGAACAAGUUCUAGUAAUUAUGUCACAACUCAGGUUAAACAAGAAACUCAGACAAAAAGUGAAGAACCACAACAAUCAAGCAAUACGAGAUCGUCGUCUGUAGGAGACGGUGAAUCAAGCAGUCACGAAACAAACGCAGAUGAAUCAAAGCAAUCUUCCAAUUCUGAUAAAAACAUAAAUCCUGAUGAAAGUUUUACUGAUGGGGGCAAUUCAGUAACUUCAGUUACAUGUAAUACUAAAUUAGAAGACAAAGAAACAGCUGGAACUUCCAAUCCAAAUGUGCAGGACAAAUGUAAUCAAGAGGUAGAAAAUUCUUCAGGAAAUCUGUCUGCAAAUCAUUCCUCGUUGGAGACUUCAUCUAGAAGUUCUAAUUCUCGUCGGUUGGUUUCUUCACCCACUCUCCUCCACAGGACAGUCUAUACAACAAAUCUUCCUGGAGUGGUGAGACCCUGGCCUCCAUAUGGUAUACCAGUAGUUGGUUCUGUGCAACAAUUUCCACCAUACAUCAGCCGUGGAAAUCAGAUGUCUGGUAGGUCUUCUGUACCACUCCAAGCUCAUGUUGUGCGUGCUCAUCUUGCAGAGCAAUUGGCAGGUGCGUAUGUGUUUUCCAGAGGGCCCACAAGUACUAAUUUUCAACGAACAGAGGAGAGAGCUGCUGGUGACAAUAGUAAAACCAUUAGCUGCAAUGACCCAGAUUUUUGUUAUCCUGAAAUUGGCAACCUGGAGUGGCUGGAAGUGGAAAACGGGAAAGAAGUUGCUUUCUCACACAUAACAGCAAUGCAUUCAGAAUUUGUUCUGGUUGAGAAAGGAACAGGAAUCCUUUAUCACUGGCCCUAUGAAAGUGAUGUGGCUUGUGAUGUUGCCAUGGAGAUUUCAUCUUCACUGGAACCCAGUUAUUUUCCAUUGGCAAAACCACACCCAUUAGGAGAGGCUUUAGGGCUGGACAGUGAAAAAGUUUGUCUUCUGGCAGCAUCAAAUGUGCGUUGUUCACUAGUGACUUCAAGUGGAAAGAUUUGUACAUUUUACGACAAGCUUCUUAGAGAAUCAAAUUGUGGAGAUCCUCCUGCCCUAGUGCAGGAGCUUUCUCAUUCUGCAAGGACAUUUGCUGAACUUCUGGGAGAAAAAAUUGUCUCUAUCAGCUGUAGUGAAUUCUUUUCAGGCUUGAUGACACAGUCUGGUAAAAUAUUCUGGUGGGGAUUGUUACCAGCAGAAGAACGCCAAAACUUCAGGCAGAAGUUAAGCAAGGCAACAAAUCAAUCAAGCAAUAUUAGUGUCAAUGAGAAAGUUCAGCUUCGUCAGCAUUUUCCUGGGUUCCCUGGUGCUUUAGUUUACAAAUACUGUGAGGUCAGGGGACCCAUAGUGGGGCGUCUGCUUGGUCAUGAGUCGCCAGAAGGAACAAGCACCGUUGUGACAAAGAUUAAGGUUGAACCACUCUUCAAGAAAAGUGUGUCUAGCGACAAAGCGGACAGUGGAGCGGUGCAAACAGACACAGAUAUACCAGCCGCGAAUUCUUCUCGAGCGAAGGCUGUUGAAGAAGAGUUAAUUUCCGGCCAAAAGGAUUUUGCUAGAUCCUCCAGUCCUCACACGAGUGUAAGAAGGAAGGCGCAGUUCUCACACGUGUCAAGUAAUGCCUUUGAAAUCUGGGAGGUCAAAGAUGUUAUUUUUCUUGAAAGCGAAAACAAACUGUUGGGAACUGUUGCGGCAAUCGAUGGCCCUCAUGUUAUUGUGAAGGUUGCAAACGUGAUGUCACCAUCAGAAUCGUCACUACGCGUCUUCAAAGUAUCCGAACUGGAGCCUGUACCAAGUGAGAGUGCCGAGGGAAGCGCAUUAACUCAACCAUUACCAAAAAGUUCGUUAUAUAGAGGUUGUAUUCAACAUGCGCCAAAGUGUGUUGUCAGCAGCUCGCCCCGAUCGGGAGGCAAAGAUGUUCUCUCUGGUUUUAAACCAGUGGCCAUGACAGCCACAUCGACAGGGAUCUCUCUCGUUGUGCAGCGUCUCUCAGAUAAGAAAACGUUCUUUAUGGGACCAGCCAUGGAACAAGUUGUGGACAGUAGUAAGGUGUACACGUGUAGUGGAGAUGUUAAUGUACCCUCGAGUAUUGAUGAUGGUUCUUGUACGGUGGAAGCUGAGGCCAUCCAAAGCCAGGAAGGAGCCCUUGCGCCAGCAUCUUUGGUGCCUUCGGACACUUCUUCAAAGCCGACCAUUGGGCUGAAGAGAAGGAGAAGUAGUGACGAGAACGAUGACGAUGAUGAAAGCGACACUUCACAUUCGCUUCAGAUGAAGCCCAACAUCGAAUCAUCAACAUUAAACAGACUUCUUCCCUGUAACUUCCAUAGUACCAACCAGAAAUUUCCUUUGCUUCACUCUUCAAGUGAUUAUGACAUUGUUCUGUUGACUGAUGUCAACGGCUGUCUAUACCCAAGGCCGUUUGGGACCAAGUUGUCAAAUCCGAAUGUUGGUGAAAUUCCUCCUGUUCAGAGUUUUGGUCUUGGGACGCGAUUAGGUCACAGUUCAGAAGGCAAUUCUUCGCCUGAAAGAGUGUUGAUAGCAUUUAUAGCAUUCCAAGAGCAACGCCUUAUACCAGCUGUGCAAUCUGGCGUGGUGGAUCGAAUCCAAGAAGCACUGGACUUCCUCAAACAGCUGAACAGCAGUAAAGACAUCGGAAAAGGAAAUAAAAGCGUUGUAAAGGGGUCCAAAAAGGUUGUCAUCACUGACGCUCACGGUGAAGUUCACGGAGAGCCAGUGGGACAAACUGUUGUAGUCAGCAAGAGAGUUUUACAGCUGCUUCAUCAGCAUUCCACCUCCAAUCAAAAUGUGUUGCACAUUUGUUGUAGCAAUCCAACAUUUGUUGAAGACCGAGAUGGAAUCCAGAGUGUUAUAAAGAACAGCAGUAAGGAGGCAACUGUGCCUAUUAGUGUAGGUUCCAAGACCAGUAGUGAACUGUCAGUAGAUGUGAGAGGAUUGCACAUGUUGCUGAAUGAUUCUGUAUUUGCCAAAGAAUUUGUGCCCAUGUUGAAAGAACGAGAUGCCUGUGGGAAUACUCCUUUCAUGACAGCUAUCCAGUGCCACAACUUUAAGGCUGCUAUGUACAUUCUGGAUUUUGUGGAGAAAGACAAAGACAACUGCUCCUUGAAGGAAAUGAUAUUCCCAGCAGCAUUCAACGGCAUGACGCCUCUUCAUGCUCUCGCCGUCGCCUGCACAGAGAAUCUUCCCCCCAGUGGACUGGGAAACAGCUUGACUGUGACUAACCUGCCUUCCAGUUACACGCCAAGGAUUCUGUUGAAGUUGUUUCAAAGCAGAUAUCCGUCAGCUUACAGAGCCACCAUACCACCUAUAGACAUGGAGGGAAGGAAGUUGUAUCGCACGAAGACCCCAAAGCAGAAGGUAAUUGAAAAACUGCAAGCCAAAAAAGCGAAGAAGACGCAUAAGAAGAAGCCCUCUGAGAUGAAGAGAGGUAACUUACUAACACCACCCACGUCUGGUGGGAAUGGACAUCCGUGGUCAAGGCGAUAUGUCGAUGGAGGAGCGCGGAUUCCCGUGGUCAGCAGUCGACGAGAGUCUUUAACAGGAGUGGUGACAUUUUCUGAUCCUAAAGAACUGAGACAAGCUCUGGUGGAGAUGGAUCAUCACAUGGUGUCCAGUGAGAUGACCGCACCCGAAGGUGGACUUGCCAGCUUGGUGCAACAUGUUCUGCAUGUCAAACUCACUGAGGUAGAGAACGAGGAGUCAGAGAAGAACGAGAUGGAGGUGGGUGUCAGAGGGGGAGUGUACAAUGUGUCCAAUGUUGACGGAGUACCCAAGAUAAGUCCAAAGUCACAGGCAACUACCAGUGGUGACAUGCUCAGCAAGACGGAAGAAGAAGAUAAAUUAAUAUGCCAGCUUGUUUGCCGUCUUUUGCCAUAUCCAGAGAUUGCCACAGCCACAAACAGAGAGGGCGAGACAGCCCUGGCUUUCCUGGUGAACAAUUCCCGCUGGGUCAAACUGAGUGCAAAUCAAAAGCAGCGUCUCUCUAAAUACGGCAGCAUCUUGCUUGGUCAAGACGCAGCGUUCCCUGUGAAGCGAGAACAGAGACCCCAGCAAGAAGUCUCUCGCUCUCCACAGGAAGACGAAAUAAUGACGGAAAUCAAUAUCACAGGCGUUUCAGAUACCACUAUGCUGGAAACUAACCUUCUGGCACAGCUCGAUGAUAUCUCGAGCAGCUUCCGAAGCAUCGUGGACACACUGCAGGCUUUGGAGAGGCGAUGUCAGCUGCCUGAACAACCGCGGCAGCAACAGCAGACUCCUCAGACAGGUGACGAGAAGGAUAUGGAGAAGCUUCCUGGGAACGAGUCGACAUCAGGUGGAAACGAAACACCAAUGGAUGUAGCAAGCGAAAAUACAGCAGGGAGUAUUGACUUGAUAGGAUUUCCUCCCAAUACAACAGUUGUUCCUGAUGAUCUCCCUGGUGACAGUCUACCAGUUUUGAUACAACUCAUACAAAGCUGGCCCUCCGUGGUGUCAACGAUACUGGGUUACUGCCCUUUUGGCGCUUCAUCAGGGCACUCAGAUGUGCACAUGACGAAGGAGGCUUGUGGUUCCGACGACUCACCUCCAAAAGGUCCAUCUCGAUGCAACCCGGUAGAUUCUUGCAUCCUGGAUUUGUUUGUCUUUGAGUUGCUCUCUCACUCUGAUGAAGCCAUUUUGAUGACUUUUGUGGAGAUGAUUGUUGAUGAGAUGAAUAAGCAUUCCCAAAACAUGACGCUAGAUGCUGUUUAUCGAAUUGCCCAAUUGCAAGGCGAUCUAAGCCCUGCGGAUGUCGCCAUUAUGGUGGGGAUGAAGUUCUUGAGGUCUGUUAUUCGUCAAUUGGCUGUUCAUCUCAGUCGCUCUGGCUUGUCUUACGUCGACCUCCGGACUCGCCUUGGGUCCAGUCCUUCAACGCCCAGUACCAGAAGCAGUCAGGGGGACAAUGUAGAAUUUAAGAGGAAAGUUAGAAUGAUCCUUCGCUCGUUUUCAUGGCUAGCUGUUCACGAGCUGACUCAGGCUGCUGAGGCCUCCGUCCUUCCCGUUCGCGAGGGUGUGGCUAAACCUCAAGCUCGUUCUACUGGUUCGUCUGUGAGUAACAAUGUUCCUAACCCCAAUGGAGGAUUUCCGGGAGGGAGGUUCCGAUUUAGACCAGGAAUCCGAGUGGGUGGUCCUCAUGAUUCAAGCACCAGACCACAGGAUCCACCACUUAGGACAGCUCAGAGGAUUUCGCAAACCAAUGUGACAGAAAAUUCCUCAGUGUGCCGCGGUAUCAGACUAGCAAACAUCUCUGAAGGACCUUCUGGGAUCGCUAACAAGAAGCGCGCUCCAAGCCCCUUCAGGGCCUCUUCUUAUGAGGUUUCCAGGCUGCAUGGCAAAAAGAGUUCCCUAGUCGACAGUGACAGUGACUCUGCUGACGAAACUGAUCACGUUGGAGCUUUAAGUGGCGACGGUGAUAGCGACAUGGAACUAGACGAGCGAGAUCAGCGGUCUGUUUCCUUGACGACAGGAAUAACCCAUGACCACCCCUAUGCUUGGGCCCUGGAUGGUCGCGUUGCCAGUUUGAAUGAGGGAAACAACUUGCCCGGACAUAUUCACAUUCCACAAUGGGCGACCCCCGUCGUUUCACCUCCUAGCGUCCACACUGGAAAUUGUUACUUGACUCGCAUGUUCUCGCGGCUGGUGAAGGAGACUUUGGACCUCAUGACAACUCUCACUAAAGACACCCACCCCACUCAGGAGGGUAGUGCCAUGCUGCCCUCUCUCACUACGACCCAGGAGGAACGUCAGUCCGUUCAGGACCAUGUUAUGUCCGUUCUCGAGAAGUCAUGGCUGUGGCUGGCUGGAGUGCUUGACGUGGUCGAGGGUCAGUUGCGGAUGGGAAAAAAUUUUGAUACCAAGCGGUAUCUAGCGUCACUUCAGCGGCCUGAAGACACUGAGCUGGCCAUGUUGGGAAGAUCUUUGUCGACCAUACCAGGGGCCUCUCCUGAGGAAUAUUUGAUGUUCCUGCUGAGGGCUCAUAAUAAUGAACACAAGGACUCACUCCCUGUUGUGGAUAUGCUCUGUUAUGAGCACGCUGUGUAUGUUCUGGACGCAUUCAUUUACUCCAUGACGCACUGGCCUCGACUGGCUUCAACCCUCAACCGAAGAAUUUCCACGACAAGCAACGAUGGAGACGACUCUAGCCUCAGUUUCUCUCAGCCUUCACAGCCCGAAGAUGGAUCCUCAAGCCCGGAAACUAAGCCCUCACCUACCACAGAAUCAAAGCGGUGGCGGCGUCACAGCCAUGAACGAGAAGCUAUUAUAAAGUUCUUUGGUAUGGACGUUAUACAGGGUGACAGAGAGAAGUUUCUGACCAGUCUUCAAGAUACCAUUCAACAGAAGUUUCCCAAGGUACCCAAAGCAUCUUGGGAAGUUUUCACUCAUAAUGUGACCAUGGCCCGUCAGAAGUCUGAAGACCCAAAUCUAGCGUCGCAAAAGGAAAGUGACGAGGAAAGCGGACUACCGACAACGUUUAGUGCCAUGGGAUCGCACACCUACCCCUCUCCCUUAGUGACAAAUUGGUCACCUGAUCAUGUGAUAGGCAGAUGGAAGAUCUCUGUGGAUUUGUUUUCCCGCCUGUUUCUGGCAGAUGGGCCUGGGGCUGAACGAGAAAGUUUCUUGGCGGCACGCGCUGGUGUGGCGGGAAGAUUAGCAAGGUUCCGCCGAGCUGCUUCCUAUCUCCGUGAAUCUAUCACAAGCGAAUCGCAGCAGCUUGGAUCGUAUGGAGGACUGGGUGCGAGAGUUAGCACAACUCUGACUCUGGCAGUCAAAAGACAGAAGAUACAGGAGAAUACCCUUAGAAUACUCGGCGAGAUGUCCACAUUUCACUAUAGCAACCUACGAGUCAAGUUCGAGGGAGAGGAGGGCUCUGGGCCGGGUGUGAACCGGGGAUUCUUUGCUGCCAUGGCGAAUGCCCUAAAAACGGACGAAAAGCUUCCAGUUGAAACCACGACUUUACUUCAUGAGCCAGGGAAACUGCCGGAGCAAAGCGGGUUCUAUGCUCCUAAACCGUUUGCGUAUUCUGACAACUCCCCAGAGGAAAACAAUAUCAAGAAUCGUCGCCUGAAGAUGUUCACUGCCAUUGGCCGAUUCAUUGGUUUGAGUCUUUGGUUCAGUAACACCGUACCACUGAACUUUAGCCGCCACGUGGUUAAAUUUCUACUAGAAAGAGAUGUAACUUGGGAGGACCUGGCGUUUUUCAAUGCUGACCUAUUUGAGGGACUCAGUCGUAUGAUUCUAGACACCACUCACCCUCUGAUGACCUCAGAACGCUUUCAGGCCACAUACUGCUGCCAUUUUGAGACGUCAGUGGGCGGGACAACAGAAGAACUCGUACCUGGAGGUUCGCAGAUUCCCGUGACGCCUGACAAUAUCUUCAAAUACGUCAGACUUUAUGCUAGCAAGGUGAUGAUCGGCUGCGUAGAAAACGAAUUACGAGCUAUGAGGAGCGGACUAAAUGACGUCAUUCCUUCUGAACUCCUGACAUCUCUUACACCAGAGGAUUUUCAGCUCUUACUGUCAGGAGGAACGACAGAUGUCGACAUCAACCGUCUUCGCUCUGUGAUGACGUUCAGUAACAGCAAUGGCUGUUCCACCGAUAUCCUCGACAGAUUUAAACGGUGGUUCUGGUCCAUUGUCCAAAAAAUGACUCCUCUUCAACGACAGCAGCUGCUUUACUUCUGCACAGGGAGUGCGGUUCUCCCAGCUCUGUCCGACAGAAGAGACCCGGAACAAGACCUUAACAUCACUGUGGAUGUCAUCAGUGGAAAUACCAAGGCGUUACCCAUGGCAACUACUUGUGGUCAGCGGAUGAGCAUACCGUUGUACCCUUCGAAGAAAAUCUUGAAGAGAAAACUCCUCCAAGCCAUCCAGUGUCAGGGUUAUGGCUUGGGUUAAAUAAUUGUCAAGAUGGCUCAACUCUUAAUGCUUCUUUUCAUUGAUUACUGAUUACCGUUUAUUUUAUCACCGGUAUACUGGAACUUUGUCUUGUAAAGUACGAUUCAUCACUUUGUGACGAGCCUUGCUCGUGCACACCAAACACUCCAGAGAAAGCACCCUCUUCAUUGGACUGCUGCGUGACUUUUACGUACCUUUCAAUUUAAUCUCCGAUUAUCAAAUGACUAAAGUUUUGGAACCGUUUUUAGUUGCGCUUCUGUUUCUGUCAGGAAUUAGAGAUUAGCUGAGUAUUUAGUUAAAGCAUCUAAUGUAUUGUUUCCGAGAUUGAUGAUAGCUUCAAGGUGACAUGUUUCGAUUCCUUUUAGCGUUGUUUGACUUCACAACAACGUAAAAAUAAAUGGUCGAUGAUAUGGACACAUUUUUAUUUAAGAUAAAAUGGCAGCUUGUUUCAAUUAGUGGCCGCAAGAACAGCGUUAGGUCGCCUCGCGUAUUUUAGGUUGAUACAACGUGUUUUUCUUGAAAAAAGGGCCUCCAGUAUAAGUUUUUAGGACGCUGUUGGUGAAACGCUCUUAUUUCCUGUAUGAAGAAAAUUAGAUGGUUAAAUAACUGAUUGUUACAAAUGUGAAAACAUAGUGAGUAGGUUUAGUAAUAAAUAAAUAAAGCACGAAUGCUUACUUGCA